CUGAGAUCGAGUGGAAAAUUCGAUGCAUCGAUGCCAAACAUCAAUAUUUUCGAUGCGUCGAUAUUUUUCCGAAUUCCCUAAUAGAGAUUUAGCAACAUGGUUUUCCUGCGUGGAUGGAGAUAUGCAGCUUUUAUUUCUUGUAUUGUCGGCGGAAUGGGUAUAGCACUUUACCCGAUCGUCGUUGAGCCAAUGAUGAAUGUGGAAAGGUAUAAGGAUCUGCAAAAACGUACCCGCGCAGAAAUUAAACAAGAAGACAUUCAGCCCGGCAACAUGAAAGUGUGGUCUGAUCAGUUUGGGCGUAAAUAAAACACAUGAUA